AUGAAUCCUUCACCACUCCACCAUAAGCUCUUUGAAACCUUCUUGAUUUCUGUUUUACCAAUAAUUCUACUUUGUGUGAUCGCUCGCCUACUCUUCCCAAAAAAAUUCCAAUCAGUAGUCAUAAUUGGUGUUCUGAUCUUAACUUUUUUACCUUCAGAAGGCUCUUUCAUAGCAAUUCUACUUCUUCUCAUAAUCUGUGUUAUCCUUAUUGGAUUCUUAGCUGUCUAUUCCUUCUCGAAUCAAAACGAUGAGGAGUUUGAUGAUGAUCUCUAUGACUUGCUUCAUUUAUCUAUUCCUCUUAUCAUUGUGACUCCUCCUAGUGAACCUCAUCUUACAAAUUUACCUCCUCAAUAUAAAGAACAAGAUGCAAACUUUCUUAUGGUUCUUCUUAGAUCUGGACGUCGCAGAAGACGCAAUGGGAAUUCUAGAUCUAGAUCUCGGUCUUCAAAUAGACGUAAAGGAGCAAGAUGGAUGGCUUUGUUUCUCAAAAGACUUUCGGAUACGUCAUUUCAUGAAUUGUGCUUUGUUUGGAGCUUUUCUUGA